AUGGCCGUCUACAGUCAACACGUCACAGUCAACCAGUCCCUCAUCCAGCAGCAAGCCAAAGCCGACUUUCCGUCCUCCCCAUCGCAUCCCAAAACCCUCAAAAGCACUCCCAUACUCCUCGACCCUUCAUGCCUCGUCCAUCCGUCUGAGCCGCCAGUGACCGACAAGCUCUACAGCGGCUUCCUUGAACACCUCGGGAGGUGCAUCUACGGAGGUAUUGUCGACGAUCCCAAAAAUCCCAGCCCGGAUAAUCUUCUACAAAAGCAAGAUGCUGAAGGGCAUGCGGCAGGCAGACUGGGGUGGAGGAAGGAUGUAUUGGCAUGCUUGGCCAAAAACGGAGAGCUCGAAAUCCCGAUGCUAAGAUGGCCUGGUGGCAACUUCGUCUCAAACUACCACUGGCAAGAUGGUAUCGGCCCUAUCUCUGACCGCCCAAAACGUAUUGAGCUCGCCUGGCUCAGCGACGAAUCCAACGUCUUUGGAACGGACGAGUUUAUCGACUAUUGUCGAGCAUCCGGGGCCGAACCUUACAUCUGCCUCAACAUGGGGUCUGGUACGCUGGAAGAAGCUCUGUCUUGGGUAGAGUACUGUAACGGUACGGGCAACACCCACUGGGCAAACCUUCGACGCAAGAACACCGGUCGAAACGAGCCUCACAAUGUCAAAUAUUGGGGUCUCGGUAACGAAAUGUGGGGUCCAUGGCAAGUCGGCAACCUUCUCCCAUCCGAGUACGCCCGCAAAGCCCGUCAAUGGGCUCACGCGCUCAAGCUAGUCGAUCCGAGCAUCAUCUUGGUCUCUUGUGGCGAGACCGGAGCGUCCGAUUGGGAUCGCGAAGUCAUUCAAGCACUUCUUCCUUUUGCCGACAUGCAUUCUAUACAUUUCUACGUCCCCGGCUAUGAAUAUGAGAAGAACGUCUUUGGUCCUGCCGCGGCCGAGAAGCACAUCGAGAUCUGCAAAUCCCUCAUCGACCUCGCAAACGUCUCGCGCAGCUGGGAACGUAUGCCCGCUAGGGACAUGAAGAUAUGUUUCGACGAAUGGAACGUCUGGGAUGAGCUGAAAGCUCCCGGCUCUGCGGGUCUCGAACAGUGGUACGACUACACCGACAUGCUGGCUUUCUGCGCUUGGCUCAACGUGCUUGUGAGGAAGCAUAAGGAUAUUGGGAUCGCUUGUCUCGCUCAGAGUGUCAAUGUCAUCUCGCCGUUGAUGACAAACAAAGACGGGAUUGUCCGUCAAACACUCUACUAUCCUCUUCAGUUAUUCAGCAAGUAUAUGAAGGAUGGCCAUCUCUUGCAGCUUCCCUUCUUCCCCGAUGUCUACACCGGUCCAACGUAUCCGGUUUACAUUCAACAAACCAACAUCAAACCCUCUUACAUCGAUUCUGUCGCUAUCAUCGUCUCGUCCGAGGACGACAGCGAGAAGAGCGCGAGUAUUAGACUGAGUGUUCUAAAUCGGCACCCGGAGGCCGAUUGGAGCUCGAAAGUGGCAUUUACGGGGUUUGUAGAGAUAGAGAAAGUGGAGAUUCACGAGAUCUACUCCGACGACCUGGCCGCUAUCAAUUCGUUCGACGAUCCCAAUAGUAUCCUUCCCAACAUCGUCCAGAUGACUGAGAAAGACUGGGACGGUACCGUAGUGGUGAGGAAGCACUCAUGGUCGUUCUUUAUCUUCACCGGACGUUUGGUGUGA